UGACUCUUGUCUUCCACCAUCACCAGCACCGACAGCUACUUGUAUCUUUGGGCUUUUACGAUUCAGAACUACUGCGAUGGCUGACGUUGACGUCGAUAUGGAACCCCCGGUGAAGAAGGAGAAGAAUGAAGACAAGAAUGGUAAGCAACGAUUUGAAGUGAAGAAGUGGAAUGCUGUGUCACUGUGGGCAUGGGAUAUCGUCGUCGAGAACUGUGCUAUCUGCAGAAAUCAUAUCAUGGAUCUUUGCAUUGAAUGUCAGGCCAAUCAAGUAUCUUCCACUACAGAGGAAUGCACUGCGGCCUGGGGUAUCUGUAACCAUGCUUUCCAUUUCCACUGCAUUUCGCGGUGGUUGAAAACUAGGAACGUCUGUCCUCUGGACAACAGAGAAUGGGAAUUGCAAAGAUAUGGCCGAUAAACUAUAUACUCAUCGAUUACGUUGUACAAUCAUACCAUACAGAUGUUUCUUUUUUUAUGUCAUUGAACGAUGAUACAACGACAGCGAAGAACGGCCAACUUCGGUCACAGGCAACUUGUUCAUGCGAGGCACGUCAAAUUGAAGUUGUUAUUGAUUGCCACGACGCCCAAUGUCCGAAUGCUCUCCACUGGUUGAAUUUCAUACAACAUCGAAGUUGAUUUGAGACGUAGUUAUAUUGGCAAUCGUAUAGAUAUAUUCUAUUUGGGGGCGUGUUGUACAUUACAAGCAAGAG